CAAGACGCCAUACCGCCGGUGAACGCCGCUCUGGAAACACCUGCACAACUUUCUUCGGACCAAUAAAAAUGAGGAGUUGGCUGCUAUGUCUGUGCGUGCUGACGGUGGUGGUGUCAUGCUACUCCCAGAACCGCUACGAGAACUUCAAUGCUGAUGCGAUCAUUCAGAACGACAGGAUCCUGCUCGCCUACUACAAAUGCGUUAUGGACAAGGGGCCCUGCACCAGAGACGGGAAGAACUUCAAGCGUGUCCUCCCAGAAACGUUAGCUACAGCGUGUGGUCGCUGUAAUACGAAACAGAAGACGAUCGUUCGCAAGCUGCUCCUCGGCAUCAGAUCAAAGAGCGAGCCAAGAUUCUUGGAGCUCCUUGACAAAUACAACCCUGACCGCUCCAACAGAGAUGCCCUCUACACGUUCUUAGUCACUGGAAAUUAAUUUCGCGAUUCGCUGUGGAGCUAAAGCAUAUCAGUUAUAAUUUAAACUAUUUAUUUCCCUUUUCGAAGGAUCGUUAGAAACUGCAGUUUUUGGAUUGCAC